AUGAUGGUCGACAUUGAAGUGAAAAAAGAGACAAAAGAAGAAGCAAUGAAAAAGAAAAAGAAAGAGAAAGAGGCUGAAUAUGUGAAUCCUGUGACAAAUAUGGCUAUCUCAGCUCCACCUCCAUACAAAACACUCAAACCUACAGGAGGACCAAGUCAUCCAUUGUCCCAACUUACUGUUGCGCCGCUUGCCAAGCCGGAUUCUAGCCAACAAUCGCAACCAAACUCAGGAUUCAAUAGUGGAGUCGCGGAACAACAAAAUAAAGGAAGCACUGGUGAAACAAUAGUUUCCAAAACUAUCAAGACUGAGACCUAUACGAAAUCGGUCAAAAGUGUGGGGAGUACGGCGGAACAACAGAACAAAGGAAGCACUGGUGAAACAAUAGUUUCCAGAACUAUUAAGACUGAGACCUAUACGAAAUCGGUCAAAAGUGUGGGGAGUACGAGUGAAGAGAAAUGA